ACCAAACUUUCUUAACAAAUUCCUACUCCUACUCUUUUGGAUCAUCCCUGCAUUCCAACUUUCAAUCACAAUAUUAUUUCCCACUCUUUUUCACCAUCUUCACUUCAAUAAACUUCAAUUUCAUGAAUCUUUUUAACUCCAUGCAGACUCACGUUCAACAUCUUUAACAACAUCAGACCCAUCUUAAUUAAUUUGCCUCUGAAAAAACACACACACACACACACACACCACAUUGUUAUGAUAUGGCACUGUUCCAGACACGGAAGAGGUCUUCUUCACCUUCUUACGUAUCAACCUCGACAAUAUUAGUAUUCAUCGCACUAUGUGUUUUUGGCGUGUGGAUGCUAACCUCCAACCCAGUAGUGUCACCUCAAACACAGAGCGACGCAUACACCUCAACUCGAACCGCCAUAGAUACCUCUGCAACUACCAAUGAUGAACUCUCUUCCUCCGAAGAAACCGCCACAAAAAGCGAAAGAAAAGGAAAGGUCAAUCCUGCUGCUGUCUAUGGAGACAACCCUGGCCAUCUUCCUGAUGAUGCCAUUAAAGCCGAUGAUAAAAAUUCCAACAAUGAGCAACAGAAGCAGCACAUUGCCAUUAGUGACUCACAGCUUUCUGAGGAAAGCUCGUUAACUCAAAAAGAACAAAUCACAGCUGUGAUACAUGAAUCCGGUUCAGACAGUGAUGUGAGAAUUUCUGAGCCUGAGAAAAAGGAUGAAGAAAUCGCCGCGGAGCAACAAGAUGUUCAAAGUUUUGACACUCGAGGAGGAGGGUCUAAACCGGAGGAAGAUGAAGCAAACAAAGAGCAACCAAACACGUCACAACAGGAUUCUGAUACGGCUUCAAAGGGGCCAAAACCAGAGAAGAAAGGUGGCAAGUCAAAGAAGCCGUGGUCAACACAAGUUGAUCAAUCACAACAAGAAAACAAGAGACAGACGGUUGAAUCAAACAGCGAUGACAAGCUUGAAGGUCACACCUGGUAUCUCUGCAAUGUCACUACAGGUGCUGAUUAUAUACCGUGUUUGGACAACGAAAAGGCUUUGAAAAAGUUGCGUAGCACAAAACACUAUGAACACAGGGAAAGGCAUUGUCCUGAGGACCCUCCUACUUGCCUUGUGCCAAUCCCUAAAGGUUACAAAACACCCAUCGAGUGGCCUAGCAGCAGAGAUAAGAUAUGGUACCACAACGUACCACACAAACUGCUAGCAGAGGUGAAGGGACACCAGAACUGGGUGAAAGUGACCGGAGAGUUCUUGACAUUCCCUGGAGGUGGCACUCAGUUUAUUCAUGGAGCUCUCCACUAUAUUGAUUUUGUUCAAGAGGCUGAACCUAAUAUUGCAUGGGGAAAGCGCACUCGGGUGAUCUUGGAUGUUGGGUGUGGGGUUGGUAGUUUUGGAGGUUUUCUAUUUGAAAGAGAUGUUAUUUCAAUGUCUUUUGCACCUAAAGAUGAACAUGAAGCACAGGUGCAGUUUGCCCUUGAAAGAGGGAUUCCUGCCAUAUCUGCUGUCAUGGGGUCUCAAAGGCUACCAUUCCCUAGUCGUGUUUUUGAUCUUGUACAUUGUGCACGUUGUAGAGUACCUUGGCAUCUAGAUGGUGGCAUGUUGCUUUUGGAAUUGAAUCGAGUUUUGCGACCAGGAGGUUAUUUUGUUUGGUCUGCUACUCCUGUGUACCAGAAGCUUGAAGAAGAUGUAGAGAUAUGGAAGGAAAUGACCUCUCUAACUAAGUCUAUUUGUUGGGAGCUUGUGACUAUCAAGAAGGAUGGACUGAACAAAGUUGGUGCUGCCGUUUACCGCAAACCCACUUCCAACGAAUGCUACGAGCAAAGGGAGAAAAAUGAACCUCCAUUGUGUAAGGAUGAAGAUGAUCCAAAUGCUGCAUGGUAUGUACCUCUGCGGGCAUGCUUACACAAGGUGCCUGUAGACAAGGCUGAGAGAGGAGCCAAAUGGCCUGAAACUUGGCCUCGUCGACUACACAAACCCCCAUAUUGGUUAAACAACUCGCAGACUGGGAUCUAUGGAAAACCAGCUCCUCAAGAUUUUGUAGCAGACAACGAACGAUGGAAAAACGUUGUUGACGAGUUGAGCAACGCUGGAAUAACUUGGUCUAAUGUGAGAAAUAUCAUGGACAUGCGAGCUGUCUAUGGAGGAUUUGCGGCUGCUCUGAGGGAUCUUCCUGUCUGGGUAUUCAAUGUGGUGAACGUAGAUUCUCCGGACACACUUCCCAUCAUAUUUGAGAGAGGUCUUUUCGGGAUAUAUCAUGACUGGUGUGAAUCCUUCAAUACGUAUCCACGAACUUUUGAUCUACUGCAUGCAGAUAAUCUUUUCUCAAAGCUAAAAGAAAGGUGCAAAUUAGUUGCUGUUAUGGCAGAGGUGGAUAGAAUAAUCAGACCGGGAGGUAAAUUGGUUGUCCGUGACGAAUCUACCACCCUCGGGGAAGUGGAAACUUUGUUGAAGUCUCUGCAUUGGGACAUAAUCUAUAGCAAAAUACAAGAGGGUAUGCUCUGUGCAAAGAGAGGCAAAUGGCGGCCUGAUUCUAUAGCUUUGUCUUGAUGAAGUGAUAGUGAAAAAAACAGUAUUACUUCAAGGUGUGCUUUGAAACAAAGCUGCGCAGUGGCAAUAACGUGUAUUUGGUCUCUCAUCCACCUUCUAUGGCAUAAAAAGUUAUACAGAAAACAUCAUACUAUUACUUGUCAUAUACGACUGCACCUCCAAGAAGAUUUAGAUAGUUAGUUGUCAAUAUAACUUGCCUUGUUAUUCUGUUCUGUGCUUACAUUCAGGACUAGUAAAUAAUCAUUUAAUUAAAUUAUUCAAAAC